AUGUCCGGCAAUAAAAGUGAAACGACAGAAAGUGGAAAAACUACGUUGCCGCAUGAACGACUGAUUGAAGCAUACAACCGAAGGUUUGAAAUUCAAGAAGAGAUUGAUGUUAUGACCAAAACUACGGAUGGCUACCAAUCCAGGAAAUUUGACCAAUUGACAAUGCAGCUCACCUAUGUUGACAAUAUCAUCUCAAUUGGGGAGAGCGACUUUGAUAAGAAACGUGCCGCCACCGUGGGAAAGUUGUUCGCUGUAUUGAGGACUCUCCAACAUUCUAACAACUAA